CGUGGCGUGCCGUGCCGUGCCGCAUCUGCGAGCGCCUCCUCCUCUCCGCGUUGGUGCUUGCGGUGUUCGGUGCCUCGGUUUUUGCCCGUUUCCAUCGCGUUUUCGCGGGGCCGUUCCCGCGCCUUAAGUGCCACGCUUACGUUCCGGUCAUCGUCGCGCUCCUGCCCGAAAUCGAAGUCGAGGAGGCUGGAGUCCAAAUUCCGCGUCAGUCGGUCAGCCAGCGGGACGCGCUAUUGGCACUGCGCAGGUUAAGCCGGCGCGUUUCAAGGAGACGGUGUUCAUCGAGCCGUGAUGCAUUGGAGAUUCAGCGGUUUUUGCCCGAAGACCGACCAGAAGUUAGUGUUGCAAAAGCAGUUUGUGUGACAAAGCUUAAAAAACAACGAGAGUGCUAAAACGUUAUACUAGUUGGACUAGAAGAGGCAUCUCCGCUGCGAGUGUCUUGUCAAGAUAGAUUCUGUCGUCUUCUACUGUUUGUUGGAGCAGAAGGGGAAGGGAAGCGGUCGUAAUUUCUUUUUCUAGUGACACUGAGAGCGCACAGUGAAAACAAUAAAAAUAGGGGGGGCGGUCUGCUGACCGAUGGACAAACGGAAGAUGAUGCCCAAACGCCCUCGUAUGGAGAAUCUGAGAGGUCCGAUUGCCAACGGACCGAUCCAAACGCGGCCACUGGUUGCACUUCUCGAUGGUCGUGAUUGUUCUAUCGAAAUGCCCAUCCUCAAAGACGUCGCAACUGUUGCCUUUUGCGAUGCACAGUCCACUUCAGAAAUACAUGAAAAGGUAUUAAAUGAAGCAGUGGGUGCAUUGAUGUGGCACACAAUAAUUCUGACGAAAGAGGAUUUGGAAAAGUUUAAAACACUUCGAAUCAUCGUUCGGAUCGGUUCUGGUGUAGAUAACAUCGACGUCAAGGCAGCUGGCGAGCUUGGCAUUGCGGUGUGUAAUGUGCCUGGCUAUGGAGUUGAAGAAGUGGCUGACACUACCCUUUGUCUCAUCUUAAAUCUUUAUCGGCGCACUUAUUGGCUUGCCAAUAUGGUGCGCGAAGGCAAGAAGUUCACAGGACCAGAACAGGUGAGAGAAGCGGCAACUGGCUGCGCAAGGAUACGGGGCGACACAUUGGGUAUUGUUGGCCUCGGUAGGAUUGGUUCUGCAGUUGCGCUGCGUGCCAAAGCUUUUGGCUUUACCGUCAUCUUUUAUGAUCCUUAUCUACCGGAUGGUAUCGAAAAAUCACUAGGUCUCACCAGGGUUUACACAUUACAGGAUUUGCUGUUCCAAUCAGAUUGUGUAUCUCUGCAUUGUACCUUGAAUGAACACAAUCAUCAUUUAAUAAAUGAAUAUACUAUUAAACAGAUGAGACCAGGAGCAUUUUUAGUCAAUACAGCACGAGGUGGUUUGGUGGAUGACGACGCGCUGGCCGCGGCGCUCAAACAGGGUAGAAUUCGCGCGGCAGCGCUAGACGUCCAUGAAAAUGAACCGUACAACGUCUUUCAGGGUCAGUCUGCGAAUCAGUGUGAGUCUUAUCUGUCCCCGUGCCUAACCCUGUCUCGACUGACUAUCUAAAACCGUCCUGAAUUCCUUCCAUAAUAAAACAGAGAAGAUAAAACUGAUGAGCUUUGUUCAAAUAGAGAAACACAACGAAGAUGUAUAUUUUAUGGUGAAAAUAAUAUUUUAUGAAAUUUAUAUUAAUU